AUGGACCACUACCCCAAAGAGCAGGAUGAGAUCGUGGCUCAGUUCUGUGCCAUGACAGGUGCCCCGGCCUCAGAGGCUGUGGAAUACCUUGGUAACAACAACGGGGACAUCGAACUCGCCGUGGCCGAGUUCUUCCAAGAGCAAGAUGAGGCUCUGCAGGAUAUGAAUCCAACUGAAGAGUCCACUCGAACAGCAUCAGGGGGGCGAUCGCUAGGGGGUGCUGCUGUCCCGACAUCUUCUGCUCCGGCCGAGUCGUCAGCUACCAAGCGCGCAGCGCCCAAAAAGAAAUUUGCGACAUUUGGAGACAUUGCUUCUACAAGUGGCGGCGAUUCUUCAGAAGACGAUGGCUCGGUAGACCAAGACUUCUUUGCCGGAGGAGAGAAGUCUGGUUUAGCUGUGCAGAACCCGGAUGAUCUGAAAAAGAAGAUCCUGGAAAAGGCUCGGAGAGCCGCGCCGCCCCCUCAGUCAGAUGAACCCGAGUUACGCCCAUCCCAUUUCACUGGCACCGCCCGUACUCUUGGUGGUGAUGAGGCACCCAGCCGCGUAAUUGAAGAUCUUACUGCCCCACCCCCGCAACGACCUCAGCGUGUUCAACGAACUCUUCACUUCUGGUCCGAUGGAUUCUCAGUCGAUGACGGCGAGUUGUACCGAUCGGACGACCCACGCAAUGCCGAGAUCUUGGAUGGCAUUCGGCAGGGUCGUGCCCCGCUGGGGAUCAUGAAUGUGCAAGCUGGGCAGGAAGUGGAUGUGGAGCUCAAACAGCACGAAGAGAAAUACGUGAAGCCCAAGCCCAAGUACAAGCCCUUCUCUGGAUCCGGUCAGCGCCUCGGCAGCCCAACCCCGGGUAUCCCAGUGUCUACUCCCCCACCCGCCGAGCCUAAAGCUCCCACUUCUAGUGACUACCCCCCAAGGCAUGAUGUGGACGAGUCACAACCAAGCGUGACCCUCCAAAUCCGACUGGGGGAUGGCACUCGUAUGACUUCCCGCUUCAAUACCAGUGCUACCAUUGGUGACGUCUACGCAUUCGUCGCUGCCUCCACACCAGAUGGCCGUAACCGCGCAUGGGUACUGAUGACUACAUUCCCCAAUAAAGAGCUGAACGACUGGGAGGUAACUCUCGGCGCUCUACCCGAGUUCAAGCGCGGUGGUGUUGUUGUUCAGAAAUGGAAAUAG